GGCGCCCCAUUGGAUAACACGCCUGCCAGUAGUCAGCGGGCCAAGCUACAUAACAGCGAUCUGAUAGUCCAUUGGAUAGCAUGCCUGCCAGUCUUCAGUGGGCGGGGUAAACGUUCGGAGAUCCGGCGCCCCAUUAACCAAAGUGCCUGCCAGUCUUCAGCGGGUGCUGUCACCUGAUAGGUCGGUGCUCGGGAGGCAGGGCGGUAGAAGGAAAGGGGAAGUAUCCAGGGAGCUUGAGGACCGAGGGACAGUUAGGAAGGUUCGGGGACUGUGGCACGGCGAGUGAGGGCCUCCAGGGCCGCACGUGUAGUCGGCGGGACCGGGGAUCCGGGCCCGAGGGAAGGAUUGUCAACUGCAUCACGUAGUGGGUAAAUGCUGUCGUCCUGAUGUUCGGAGAGUCAGUCUAUCGUCUCCGAUGUGACUAUCAGCACUUGAACAAGAAAUACGAAGGAAACCGCAGAAAUUAAAAGUAUACUGUAAAAUUGGAAUGGAGUGCGCAACAAGGCCGCCGUAUGCGGCAGAAUACUUUGACCAUCAGACUUAGCAGCAGAAUUAGGCCAUUUGGCCCAUCGAGUCUGCUCCGCCAUUCAGUCAUGGUUGACACUUCUUUCCCCUCCUUCGUCCCACUCCCCGUCCUCUGCCCGUAACUUUUGAUGCCGAGGCCAAUCAAGAAAAUAUCAAUCUCUGCUUUAAAGACACUCAACGACCUGGCCUCCACAGUGGCAUGUGGCAAUAAAUUCCACACAUUCACCACCCUUGGCUAGAGAAAUUUCUCCGCAUCUGUUUUAAAUGGACAUCCCGCUAUCCUGAGGCUGUGCCCUCUUGUACUAAACUCUCCCACCAUGGGAAGCAUCACACAUCUGGUCUGUCUAGCUCUUUCAACAUUUGAAAGAUUUCAAUGAGAUCUCCCCCAUCCUUCUAAAUUCCAGCACGUACAGGCUCAGAGCUAACAAACGUUCAGUCCCCGAAUCAUCCUUGUGAACCUUCUCUGAACCCUCUCCAAUGCCAGCACAUCUUUUCUUUGAUGGUGAAUCUCAUCAGCAGGAAUGACGAGUCAGCAUACAGAGAAGAGGUGCAGCAGCUAAUGGACUGGCGUAGAGACGACAACCUGUCUCUGAAUGUGAAUCAAACAAAAGAGAUGGUUGUUGACUUCAGGAGGGCAGGGAGCGACCACUCCCCGCUGAACAUCGAUGGCUCCUCAGUAGAGAUUGUAAAGAGCACCAAAUUUCUUGCUGUUCACCUGGCGGAGAAUCUCACCUGGUCCCUCAACACCAGCUCCAUAGCAAAGAAAGCCCAGCAGCGUCUCUACUUUCUGCGAAGGCUGAGGGAAGUCCAUCUGCCCCCCCCCCCCCCCAUCCCCAUCACAUUUUACAGGGGUUGUAUUCAGAGCAUCCUGAGCAGCUGCAUCACAAGUAUCCCACAAGGAUCUGUUCUGGGACCUCUACUUUUCGUGAUUUUUAUUAACGACCUGGAUGUGGGGGUAAAAGGGUGGGUUGGCAAGUUUGCAGAUGACACAAAAGGUUGGUGGUGGUGUAGAUAGUGUAGAGGAUUGUCGAAGAUUGCAGAGAGACAUUGAUAGGAUGCAGAAGUGGGCUGAGAAGUGGCAGAUGGAGUUCAACCUGGAGAAGUGUGAGGUGGUACACUUUGGAAGGACAAACUCCAAGGCAGAGUACAAAGUAAAUGGCAGGAUACUUGGUAGUGUGGAGGAGCAGAGGGAUCUGGGGGUACAUGUCCACAGAUCCCUGAAAGUUGCCUCACAGGUAGAUAGGGUAGUUAAGAAAGUUUAUAGGGUGUUAACUUUCAUAAGUCAAGGGAAAGAGUUUAAGCAACGUGAUGUAAUGAUGCAGCUCUAUAAAACUUGGGUUAGGCCACACUUGGAGUACUGCAUCCAGUUCUGGUCGCCUCACUAUAGGAAGGAUGUGGAAGCAUUGGAAAGGGUACAGAGGAGAUUUACCAGGAUGCUGCCUGGUUUAGAGAGUAUGAAUUAUGAUCAGAGAUUAAGGCUUUACUGUUUGGAGAGAAGGAGGAUGACAGGAAACAUGAUCGAGGUGUACAAGAUGUUAAGAGGAAUAGAUAGAGUGGACAGCCAGCGCCUCUUCCCCAGGGCACCACUGCUCAGUACAAGUGGACAUGGUUUUAAGUUAAGGGGUGGGAAGUUCAAAGGGGAUAUUAGAGGAAGGGUUUUCACUCAGAGAGUGGUUGGUGCGUGGAAUGCACGGCCUGAGUCAGUGGUGGAGGCAUAUACACUAGUGAAAUUUAACAGACUACUCGACUGGUAUAUGGAGGAAUUUAAGGUGGGGGUUAUAUGGGAGGCAGGGUUUGAGGGUCAGCACAACAUUGUGGGCCAAAGGGCCUGUAAUGUGCUGUACUAUUCUAUGUUCUAUGUUCUAUCACUGCCUGGUUUGGAAAUUGCACCAUCUCAGAAUGCAAGACUGCAGUGGAUAGUGAGGUCAGCUGAGAAGAUCAUCGGGGUCUCUCUUCCCACCAUAACGGACAUCUACACCACACGCUGCAUCCGCAAAGGAAACAGCAUUAUGAAGGACCCCACGCACCCCUCACACAAAUUCUUCUCGCUCCUGCCAUCUGGCAAAAGGUACUGAAGCAUUCGGGCUCUCACAGCCAGACUGUGUAACAGUUUCUUCCCCCAAGCCAUCAGACUCCUCAAUACCCAGAGUCCAGUUUGGAUGAACUCAGCAGGUCCGGCAGCAUUCGUUGAAAGGAGCAGUCAAUGUUUCGGGUUGAGACCCUUUGCCAGAACUAAAGAAGAAGGGGCCCUAUAAAGAAG